AUGGAGAAUAAUGAAGGUAAUGACGAAGAACAGUUAGAACAAAUAGAAGACUCAAGACCACAAAUAUCUCAGGAUGUAACAAGACCAUUGGACUUUUUCAAGUUAUAUUUCACUGAUGUAUUGAUAGACCAAAUUGUAAGAACGACUAAUGAAUAUGUACAAAUGAAGAUAUGUGAGAAACAGUUGGCCAAUAAGUUUAUUUGGCAUUUGUGGGUGGACGUUACACGUAAAGAAUUUAUGACUUUCAUCGGUGUAAUUCUAAAUAUGGGAACAAUGUCACUUGCAAGCAUAUCGGAAUAUUGGACAACUAGGAGCAACAGCAGAAUUCCUUUCUAUUCGGAGGUAUUCAGAAGAGACCGAUUCCGUCAAAUUUUCUGGAUGUUACAUCUACAAGGCAAUGCAUCUUCUAAUACAUCUUUGAGAACCCGGAUUGGAAAGGGAAAAAUUGCAUUUAUAACGAAUAAUCUGAAGAAAACGACCAAAUGGAGCAUAAGAAUUUACGUAUUAGCGGAUGGGGAAACCGGUUAUGUAUACUCAUUCAUUAUGAUUUUGCCCUAUUAUGGAAGCUUGACAACUGCGAAUUUAGAGAAACCAGAACUUCCGGUUAGCUCUCGAAUUCCUUUAACAUUAGUUAAAAAACUUCUGGACAACAUUCCAAGUGCUGAGGGCUAUCAUUUGUAUACUGAUAGAUACUUAACAAAUAUCCCGCUUGCUAAUGAACUUCUAAAACUAAAGGUCCAUUUAACUGGUACAGUAAUGCCAAAUCGAAAAUAUUUGCCAGCUGCAAUUAAAAAACCGAAAUUUUCAUCAAAGUCGACUGUGGCUUAUAAGAAGAACAAUACAUUAGUCCUCGCAUGGAAAAGCAAGCGAAUCGUAACUUUUCUGAGCACCAGCGAUGCAGCAUCCCUCGAAUCAAUUCAAACUUUCUCGGUUACAACGAGAACACGCGGUGGUGGUGGCACAAUAAAUUUAUUGAGACCAAUCGUGGCUAUACAUUAUACCAAUAAAAUGAGAGCAGUUGAUCGCGCGGACCAAUAUGCGGCAACAUAUUGUUUCCUCUGCAAAUCUCUCAAAUGGUGGAAAAAAUUAUUUUUUUGGGGCAUGGAGAUGUACGUCGUCAAUUCAUACAUAAUGCAUAAAAUAACAAAACAACAGAACAACGAAAAGCCACUAACACACUUAAAUUUUGUGAAAGGUUUAGUCGAUCAGUUAGUAGGAAAUUUCCGGCACCAAACACUAUCUACAGCGCAACCUUCAACGUCAUUCGUAGACAUUAGAUUAAAUAAUCAGCUUCAUAUAAUUCGUUCAGGAGGCAAGAAAGACUGUGCAGUAUGUUCCGACAGGAAAACUCCAGGAAAGAGACGACAAACACACACGUACUGUGAUACUUGUACACGGAAGCCAGGACUUCAUAUCGGUGAUUGUUUUGCAAAAUAUCAUACUUUAGAAAAUUACAGAAAUUAA